UCCAAAUGGAGUUACCUAUGAUGAUAUGAUCAUCAAUCAUCAUCCAAUACGUCUCCCUCCUCAGCCUGGAAUUGACACAUCCAAUCUUCCUCCCUGUCAGGUUUUACACGUGAAAUAUGAUAGGUAUGGAACCACUCAUCUGAGACAAGCUUUUCCUUUUCCUCAAAAUGGUGUAUCGGAAUUACCUCCUAGCUUAAAUUACGAUAAUGUUUCUAACGAAACUAGACAGUUAUAUUCGCCUACUAAUAGAGAACCUACUUGCAGUGAAGAGGAAUUCGCGGAAGAUGAGUUGAGUCUUCAAGACCAAUCUGAGAGUCAAUCGAUGUCUCGAACUAGUUCAACGGAUGGUGAUCUUUCCCGUGAAGCUACGGCUUCUUGUUCUAGUGACGAUGGUAGGAAUAAGAGAAAAAAGAAACGAAAAACAUUUUCUCGUAGAGGUAGCGAAGGUAUGGCCGAAACGACUUUACCUAGAACUGGCCGAUCUUCGAAAAGAAACUCUUUAGGUUCUAAUGCCAUUUAUCAAGAAUUAGAUGGACCUUAUGCAGCUUCGUUCUAUGAAGCCAUACCCGAUGCCCUCCGCCAUCUUUCAUCGCAAGUUGGAAAUUACAAUGAUGGAUCGUAUCAUGAUCCAUACGUUUACCAACAACCCGAAGUGAGUGCUGGAGGAUCUCAUAGAGAUCUUCACCUCUAUGCCAGGCCGGAUGACGAAGCAUUGUACGGAUAUCCUAGCUAUUUAUCCGAUUCUUUACGUUAUCCUAGGAUAUAUGUACCUCAAUCUUCCAAUUCCUAUAGAACUAGAUAUGGUUUUACGCAUAAUCCACCACGAAUGGGAACAACCGAAAGACCAUGUGGUUCUCCAUAUCGGUUCCGAACAUUUACUGCACCUACCAAUGCCGCACGCAACUUGGAAAACAGGGAAGAAGACAGGUCGAACUUAGUCAAUUUAUCAUCUUUUAGGGCAAAUGUCGAGCCUUCCUCUACAGAAAACGUCUAUGCAACUAUCCAAGAUCCUAUGGGAUGCGGGGACCAAGUUGUGGUACAUCGUAGUGCAUCUAGCCCUGGUGAUCAAGAAAAAACGGUUCCCAAUAACAGUGAAAUUAGUAAACACGACCUUUCUGGUCCGGUGCUUCUUUAAUUGAACAUUGCUUUUUCUUCUUCCUGAAUGGUCAGUUGAAGACACGGACAAUGGUUUUG